UCCCAUCACUCAGUUCAGUGGUGUGGGAUACUUCGUGCAGCACAAACAAGAAAGAGCACAAGAAUGUUAGACAUAAGAGAUUCUAAUGUUCCUCUUGUUUGGGAAUCCAUUAAAGAGCCAGAAAUAGACUUUCAUGAGCUGGAAAAUCUGUUCUCUAAAACUGCAGUAAAGGAAAGAAAAAAGCCAAUUUCUGAUACAAUAACCAAGACUAAAGCUAAACAAGUUGUCAAGUUGUUGCGCAAUAAAAGAUCCCGAGCAGUCAGAAUAUUAAUGUCCAGUCUUCACUUAGACAUGAAAGAUAUUCAGCAUGCUGUCCUAAAAAUGGAUUACUCAGUGGUGGACCUAGAAACUCUUCAAGCUUUGUAUGAGAAUAGAGCCCUUGCAGAUGAACAAGAGAAGAUUGAAAAGCAUGUUAAGUCUUCAAAGAACAAAGACAGCACUAAACCUUUGGACAAACCAGAGCAGUUCCUUCAUGAACUUUCCAUGAUACCAAAUUUCUCAGAAAGAGUCUUUUGCAUUCUGUUCCAUUCAACAAUAUCAGAAAAUGUUAGUUCCAUCUGCCGUAAACUUGAAUUAAUACAGAAAGUGUGUGAGACUUUAAGAGAGGGCCCAACGGUGUUGCGUCUCUUGAGCUUGGUACUUGCUUUUGGAAAUUACUUGAAUUGUGGGAAUCGAACUAGAGGCCAAGCUGACGGCUUUGCAUUAGACAUACUGCCAAAACUAAAAGAUGUAAAGAGUAAUGAUAACAGCAGGAAUUUGCUUUCUUACAUAGUUUCAUACUAUUUACGUCACUUUGAUGAGAAUGCAGGCAAAGAAGAAUGUGUGUUUACAUUGCCGGAACCACAAGAUCUUUUUCAAGUGUCGCAGAUGAAGUUUGAAGACUUUCAGAAAGAACUCCGUAAAAUAAAGAAAGACUUACAUGCAUGUGAGACGGCAGCUGCAAAAGUUUAUCAGAAAUCCUCAGAGGAACAUCUACAGCCUUUCAAAGACCAUAUAGAAGAAUUUCUUAAAGGAGCCAAAAUUGAACAUGAAGAUGCAGAAAAAUUGUUGGCAGCAGUUCAUACAAGGUUUUUAGAAACUGCAUCUUAUUUUAGUGUAAAACCAAAACUUGGAGAAAAGGAAGUGUCUCUAAAUUCAUUCUUCAGCAUAUGGCACAAAUUUAGCACAGACUUUAAAGAUUAUUGGAUAAAGGAAAAUAAAAUCAUUCUGCAAGAAAGGUUAAAAAAAGCUGAAGAAGUAUAUAAACAGAAAAAAGCUAUUUCUUAUAGGUUAAAAUUAGCUUCAAUUGUUGUAAAACCAAAACAUGAAUCUGGAAUUAAAGCAAAGUUGAGUGAGAAACUAAAAAAUUACAAGGAGAACUAUUUCAUGAAGUCCAUUGUGUAAAUAGUCUUCAAAACACCAUUUCUCUCAAUUGCAUUAGAGAGUAAUGUUUUAUAAAACUGUUGUGCUGGGAGACACUUUAUUGUACAAGAGCCCUCUUGUAGCAGAUAAAAUGAAUGGAACAUAAGGUGACCAUAUUUAACAUGCUUCAGGUGUCUUAUACAUUGUGAGAUCAUUAUGCACCCUGAAUACAGUUCUAAACUCCAAAAGACCACCAUUGCACCAGAGCACCAACCAUUGCUUUGUUGCUUUUUAAACAAAAAGGAGUUUUAGGGGGCUGUUGACUGCACCUUGUUCUCUGUCAUGGACGAUAGCCAAUUUCUGCCAUUCUAAAUACCACACCUCCCUUUAUCCUUAAAAAGGCCACCUCUCUGAUUCCAUAACACACAACAUCUUGCUGUUUUUCUAUUCAUAUAGUAUGUGAUGCCUAAAAGUUUUUUUUACUUUUUUUUUCUUUUUUUUUUUUUUUCUGGCCAGCAUGUGUAAAACAAAAUCUCAAUCAUCUUUUUUGAAAAACGAGGCUAUAUAUAUUCAGUCUUUGCUAUGAAUAUUGUUUAUCACAAGCGUGGUAAAAGGGAUUUUAACCUGUCCUUAAUUUGUGCUAUUAAAAUAUAUAAUUUCAGUUGUUCUCUACAAUUUGACACAGAUGUUUUGUUAGCCUGGCUUUAUGCCUCUUUGCACACCCCUACAGCUAAAUAAACUACCUGCAUAUUUGGCUAUUUGUAAUAGAUUCUGAGAUGUUUGCAAAUUUAGAAAGCAUUAUAGCACUUAUCUGAGCCAACACAGCAAUGUAGGAAUGCAGGUUUACACAAUGCAUGCCAAGGUGUGUGUGUGUGAGAGAAGUAUGCAUGUGUGUGUGUAAUAUAAUUUUGUAUUUAAUAAACUAUUGUGACUUCCAAAGUUAUCUCUUUAAUUUAUUUGCAAAAUCAAUAAAAUAAUUUGUGUUGA